AUGAGAAAGAAAGGACCUUGUUUCCACUGUGGGAUUGAUAACACACCACUAUGGAGAAAUGGACCACCUGAGAAGCCAGUUUUAUGCAAUGCAUGUGGUUCAAGGUAUAGGUUAGGGAAAUCUCUUGAAAACUAUACUCCAAAGACUUUUCAAGUUAUCAGAAAGAAGAAACAAGAAGCUGUACCUAAGGCAAUUGUUAGCGAAGAUCAGAAUAUUGUCACCAGCAAUGCGUGUUAUACUUCUUUCCUGGAAGAUUAUGCAAGUUCAGAGUCUUCAACAUCACAUAAUUAUCAGAACUGUUUCCCUAUAAAACAAGAGAACAGAGCUGACAAUCCAGUUGAAAAUUUGGGAAGUUUGUGGGGAAUUCCUUCAAGAAAGAGGUCACCAGUGGUGUACGGUAGUCCUACAACAAUCCAAAAACUUCGAAGGGACCUUCACAAAAUUCUAAGAAAUGAAGAUACCUUCAAUAAUAAUGCCUCUGAAGGACCAGAGGAUGUGCUGAUUUAUAAUAUUAAUAUCAACAAGCUGCAAAUUCCUUCUAAUGAAAUUGGUCUUGGAAGCAUGCUUCUCAAAUUUCCUGUUUCUUCUCAAAAUCACAAUGAAAUUGAACCAUGCUCUUCUACCAUUAACUGUGGCAAUGUUUGUCCCUUGAAUGAUGCUCAAGUAGCUUCUCCAUCUCUGGCAAAUGCCUGCAGGGAAGAUGUUGACGGCAUACAAAAUGAAGAUUCUCCCAUAGAUCAGCAGGAAGAUUAUGAUCAUCAAGCUUCGCAGACAAUGGGAGCAGCCGAUGACAGCUAA